AGCUGCGGAACCGCAAGGUUCCGGAAUAGCUGGCGGCGGGGACAGCGUGACCUGUGGCUGGACAUGGCUUUGUUGCCGGGGUCCCUUUUGCUUCCCACUAGUAGGUCGGUGGCGCUACUAGGUGGCAGGUGGCUCCAGCCUCGGGCUUGGCUGGGACUCCCAGACGCCUGGGGCCUCCCAGUCCUGCAGCAGGCCCGGGGCAGGGCGCGCGGGAACGAGUAUCAACCGAGCAACAUCAAACGCAAGCACAAACACGGCUGGGUGCGGCGCCUGAGCACGCCGGCCGGGGUCCAGGUUAUCCUUCGGCGCAUGCUCAAGGGCCGGAAGUCGCUGAGCCAUUGAGCGCAACGCUGCGAGCAGGACUCCCUUUAAAGCUUUUAUCUGACUUACGCAAUUCAUCUGGCGCUGUUUUUGCUGGGAGCUGGAGCUCGGGGAUGACUUGGACUGGAGGGUCCGCACGAUGUGGAGUGGCAGGAGGGAACAAGUUUGGAUGGGGAUGAGGGGUGAUGCACGAAAUCAGACCUUGCUAAAUUUGUACACCUUUAGAUUAGGGAGAAUUUCGAAUAUAUGCAACAGUUUACAGCGUAAUAUUACAGCCGACUUUCUGUGAGCCAAGUUCACAGCUGACCACCAACUUCUCCUAACCUGGGUUGAGUUUUUUCUUCUGUGAAUAUUUCAGAAGGUAUCGCUCCAAGAUAAGGACUCUUUAAAAUGACUCCAUUUAAUACGUCCAACAUACAAAGCUAUUGUCAGUAAUUCUUCAAUAUCAUUAAAUGUAUAAUAAGUAUUUAAAGGUCUACAUGUCAGGUA